AUGAGUAUUCCGUGUAUUAUAUGUCAUGAAUUGUUUGAUACAGACAAUGACGUGAUAGUCCUGAAUCGUUGUGGCCACUUGUAUCACGGGAAUUGCUUGGAAGGAUGGAAAAAAUCAGCACCAAAUUCGAGAGCUACAUGUCCAUUAUGUCGAAAAACGUAUGAUAAAAGGUCAAUACGGAAGCUAUAUUUCAAUGUUGAAGAUCCAGAAAUUAAUACAGAAUUAACAAAUGAUCUAAAACGUCAAAAAGUCAUUUCCGAGAACUUAGUACAAAGCAAUGAAAAACUCCAGAAAGAAAUACUCCAAAAAUCAAUGGAGAUUGAUAAGAUCAAAGAGUGUAUGCUGCAGGCUUCAACUGAGCUGAACACAAUAAAGACCGAAUAUGGCAUAAAGUGUCAAGCAUAUUCGAUAAUCGACACCGUAAACAAUGAAUAUUUGCAAGACAAUAUGAAAUUAAAGGAUGAGAAUUUAAAGCUCAAAACGGAAUUGGAGAUGAUAAGGCAACAAAAGUCACGACCUGAUCAAGUAACAAUAGCAAGGAAACCGGCCCCAGGAGCAACUGAGAAGUUUGUAGAUCUCACAUGUUCAAAUUGUGAAAGUGACGAUGACAUUCAAAUCAUUGAAAAUUCCAAGAAGCCCGACAUUAUUGAGAUAAUUGAGGAUAGCAAUGACAUCGAGCUGUUUAAAAGCAAAACAGCAGACACUACACCGAAGAAAAAUCCAGAAGACAUUAAUCAGUCUUCAAGUAGCUGUGAUGAAACCAUGAAAUGUGCCAAAAAGUUGUGCGAAAAUGACGACUACAAGAGUUUCGAGGACUUCAUACUGUCUCAGAUUUAA